GGGCCAGUGAGAGAUACUGACACUAGCACGCCGGUGAUUUGUGGUAUGUUCGCAUGCCUCCAUGUAUCUGUUGCCGUGGGCACCCGUGUGUUGGUGGCCGCGUGGUGGAUACGUGUGUCCCGGGAAACGUGCCCAGCAUCUCACCACACCUGGAUCGAUAACUCAGCCGUACGCAGAUGGGAGGGAAAUGUAGCACCGCUCUACCUGGCCUUGAGGACAAGUCAGACAACUGAGGACGUGUGGGGCAUGGUGCAAGCAUCACACAGCUGACAUCCUAACCUAGCCCUCAGGUGCAGCUGGGAGGAUUGCAUGUUACUGUGCCUCUGCUGUAAAUCAAGGAGCGGCAUCAGCAGCACUGAUCAUAGGAAUUGCACUGCCAGAAUCAUCUGUUAUGGAAGCGCUGUCUUUGACUGAGCGGGCAGCUGUGUUUGUUGUGAGGUUCAUGCAGACAUCUCUUGAAUCUGUGUGCCGAGUUGUGCCCUGGUGAACAUCAACAUGCCAGAGAUGUAUCACUGGGACUUCCAGCCUGUGGAAAGGGCCAAGGUCAAAUAUGCGGAGAAUUGCAGACUGCACCACGAUGUGCCUGUGCCCUCCUUUGAAAAAUACAUCGAAACCAGGAAGCGGCCGCAGGACAACUAUAUACGGAAGUGGCCGCAGUCCUCUGACGAAAAGUUCCCCAAACCAAAAUAUAUGGAGAAGUACGCGAGGAAACUUCUGGAAAAGCAUGCACAGAGACAGCCUAUCAGGUACAUGUAUAGAGACAAGCAUGCAGAGACUGAGAGAAGGCGAGAACAUGAAGCCCAUGUUAAACUUAGGGUACGAGUUGGGAAUCAGACAGUUGUACAUAGAAAUGGAGUGCCACGCUUACGCAUGGCCCAUGGAACUGUUUCAAGUUCAACCACCAGCUCCAUGCCUAGCAGUAAUCUGGACAUCAUCCAAGGAACUGCUUUUGGGUGUACAACCUCCCCCAGUAGUAACCACUUCAACCGCGAGGAACUGACUCCCCAGCGUCCGGACCGGAACCUCUCCACCUCCACCACCACUACCUCAUCACAUGACUUCCGCACUCUAGAGGAGCGGGAAGAUCGACCAAUAGGAAGCCAGUAUGGUAUACCACGGAUAGACCAGGACAGAGCACUUAGAGCUGAUGAGAAAUCUAAGGAUGGUGCAAAGUGGAACGCGUUCAAACCCACAUGGGAGCGGAAUGCAGGGAUCCACAGCUCGUCCUACAUCCUACGGGACACGGUUCCCGCACCGCACACUCAGAUCAACGGCAUCUCCCUGUCCAGAAACAGUAACACAGGGAUGGGGCUGGGGAGAGGGGACGAGCUUCCGCUGGCUCUAGGAGCCUUGUCACUGUCAUCCCCUGUCAGGAGGAGAGAAUCCAGUCCUAAAGCACCUCCCAAGUGGAAACUUGAAAGCAAGACUUCCUUAUCAGCACCAGCCGGUCAGAGAUCUAAGUACCCUGACCCCGUGUCUGGAGCACCUACCAACUUCCAGCAGAGACUAGCAGAGCUUUCCGUCCUGGAGCAGGACACGAUACGAUAUGAGCGGACUAAAAAGUCAAAACGGAAGGCCAAACAAGACAGAGACUCCUAGGAACAUGUGUUUUGUCGUUUUUUGAUGUUUCCCUGUGGUGUUUGCUUCCGAAACACUGUUCCGAGCUUUGUUACAUUGUUACAUAGAUAUAUGUGUAUAUAUGGGACCUACAUAGGAAUGCAACGAGAGAGAGGGAAAGAAUGGCAGACAUAUUGCAUCAAAGGUGCAGGAUCAGCUGAACAAAAGACAGAAUCUGCAAACAUACCAUACCUGGUCAAACCUGGAGGAACUGACGGUGCAGGACUGUGUUGUAGCAGCGCCACCUGUUGAGUUACAUACAAAUUGCAGAGGAUUGAAGCUGCUGGAACUGCUUGGAGUACCAUAAUGUGCUGCGUGAUGUACUAAGUGCAGCAACACCACCAUACAUCCGUUACACAAACUGCAGUCAACGCUGUACAGUGAACAACCUGUUACUGAGUGAAGUCUUGAUGUAAACCAAAUAUUUGCUGGCAGGUUAAGAUUGCUUGCAU